CCUGGCUCAGUUGGAUAUGCGCACGCUUCUCACGUCUGCGCAACGAGUCUCCCGUAGCUGGUCAGACCUGAUCAGCAGCUCGCCGUCCAUCCAAAAGGCCCUUUUCUUCACUCCAAUUAUGCACUCUGAAUGGGGAAUCAAAAACAAAACAUUCAACCCACUUUUAACUGAGAUUUUUCCAUCUAUCUUUCCUGCCAAAGAUGGACGGCAGGGCACCCAGUUCCCCUUGUGUGACCCACCUAUGACUGAAGACGCCAAAAUGAUGGAUCGCAUCGUACGAAAGGACGCAAGCUGGCGUAAGAUGCUAGUCCGACAGCCUCCGAUCUUCGAAAUUGGAAUUUUUGAGAUAUACAGCUCAAGGGCAGGCGAUGGCGCCAGAAGCUCUAGUAUCCCUGCAGAUUUAAAGAUGCAAGAAUCCGGACACGAUGGAAUUCGGAUGGAAAGGCUGUUUGAUGUUUUUCUGUUGACGCACCGGUCCACCUAUAACAUUCAUUGGGCCACGAAAAAAUCGACCCGGUUUUAUCACAAGUCCCAGAAGAUCACCGAUGCGUUCUAUCGGAAUCUAAAUGAGUUUGGCUUGGUUCUUUGUAAAAGCACGGUAGUACAGUGCACCAGACGCUCGCUGUCCAGUCGGAUAGGAAUUCCUCCAAGUCCUGAGGAAAUAGUCAGGGAGAUCAUAAUUGGCAAGUAUAGAGAACACGGUUUGGGCGUUGAUCUCAGGAGAAAGAAUAUUGAAGAAUCGGAACUGAAGAGG